GUUGCCUGCGCCCAGCUCUGGUAAGGUUAGUGUGUGUUAGGGCUGUAGGGACUCCCUUCUCACCCACACCGCGCACAGGAUACCUUGGACUGGAGAGAUUUACGGAGUAAGCCUGGUCAGACGGCCGGACAGGCAAAACUGCAACAUGCGCUCGCCACUGCUUGCUGCGUUACAGCCCCUCAGCGCACCUGGCACGUCGCUUGGCUCAAUUUUAACGCGCACACUUCUCUCUUUUUGUCUUUUUCGCACUCCACAUCAGGCUGGCAGCCUAGCGGGUCAAUGGGGACAAUACGGUGAGUGGCUGAUAACUGCGCCCGUCCCCGCGCACCGAGCAAUGGACUGCAGUUUUACUUGAAGAGAGGCACAUGGAGAACCCAGCCAAGUAUCUGUCAUCGGUGCAGGCGAUUGACUCUGUGCCGGCACCACUAGGAGAGAUCAUGUGGAACAGCACCGAAACAGAGGCAACAAACGACGGGGGAAAGGAUAUGGUGGUGCGUACGGUGACGGGCUGUCUGCUGUCCCUGCUCAUCCUAUGGACCCUGCUGGGGAACAUCAUGGUUUGCGCCGCUGUGUUACGCUUCAGGCACCUGCGGACCAAAGUCACCAACAUUUUCAUCGUGUCCCUGGCUCUGUCGGAUUUAUUCGUGGCCGUCUUGGUGAUGCCCUGGAAAGCUGUAGCAGAGGUGGCGGGAUAUUGGCCGUUUGGCACUUUUUGUAACGUCUGGGUCGCUUUUGACAUUAUGUGCUCCACAGCCUCCAUCCUCAACCUCUGCAUAAUCAGCGUGGAUAGAUACUGGGCCAUCUCGAGCCCCUUCCGCUACGAGAGGAAAAUGACCCAGCGUGUUGCCUUUGUUAUGAUUAGUGUCACUUGGACGUUGUCUGUGCUCAUUUCAUUCAUACCGGUCCAGCUAAACUGGCACAAAGCCAGCGCGGAAGACGCGGCUGGGACUCACAACUCUUCCACGAGCCGACAGAUAGAGGAGAACUGCGACUCCAGCCUGAGCAGAGAGUAUGCUAUAUCAUCCUCCUUGAUAAGUUUCUAUAUUCCCGUGGCAAUUAUGAUUGUGACUUACACUAGAAUAUACCGGAUUGCACAAAUACAGAUCAGAAGAAUCGCCUCCCUGGAGAGAGCGGCAGAACAUGCGCAAAGUUGCAGGACCAACAGAAUAGAGUGCCAACACCACAACACCUUGAAAACGUCGAUUAAACGGGAAACCAAAGUGUUCAAAACUCUGUCGGUGAUUAUGGGUGUCUUUGUGUGUUGCUGGUUACCUUUCUUCAUCUUAAACUGUAUGGUCCCGUUCUGUGAUAGACCGGCUACAGACCGGGACGCGGGUUUGCCGUGCGUCAGCGAGACCACUUUCGACGUCUUCGUGUGGUUCGGCUGGACCAACUCCUCCCUGAACCCCAUCAUUUACGCCUUCAACGCUGAGUUCCGGAAGGCCUUCGCCAGCCUACUGGGCUGUCGCAAUUUCUGCUCCAACACUCCAGUGGAAACUGUGAACAUCAGCAACGAGCUGGUCUCUUAUAAUCAAGACACCCUCAUCCACAAGGAAAUCGCGAACGCCUACGUCAACAUGAUCCCCAACGUGGUUGAAUGUAUUGAGCACGAAGAGACUUUUGACAGGAUUUCACAGUUUUCCCACAACAAUGAAAACGCCACCGACUCGGUUUGUGACUUGGAAGACUGCGAAGCAGACAUCAGUCUUGACAGGAUGUCACCGUUCACACCCAAUGGAUUACACUGACUCCAACUUUGUGUCUCCCCAUGCGUAAUUGGAUGUAUUGAUGAUAAUGCCAUCGUUUAUUCAGCUCCCACAAGCUCCUCGCCGCAGGGAGCCCACAGGUCAGCGUCCGUGGAGCUACUGAGCAGCGUCCCUCGCAGCUGAUGAGGGAUCUAGUGACUUGCUCAUGGACACGCCUGACUCUGUAGCCACCAGGCCACCCUGCCGCCGCUUUGCGUCAUACAGUAUAUGAGAUGUGAUGUUGUUGUCCUGUUCUGAAAAAAAAAAGUGAUGUGUAGGUGUUUAUUUACAUGACAAGUGACGUCUGUGUUCAUUUGUUCAAAGGUUCGGUGUAGUUGAAGCUGUUGUUUACUCGAAGGCGUUAUACGGGAGCGUCUCAUGUCCAUCCAUUUGGAGAGAGGAAAAAAUGUUUGUAGAGACUCACCUGAGGAAUCAUAACGGAAACCUUUCGCUGCUUACAAACCUCAUGUGUAUCCAGUGCCCGUCUUUCCACUGAGUAUGAAAACUGAGGGCAGCCUUACAGACAGUGCAAUCAAGAUAGUUCUACUCCAAUGCAGUCAUUUCAGCGCCUUAUAGCUUAUUCAAAGAAUAGCUUGGAGACAUGAAAGGAAUGUGUCGUAUGGAGUUUAAGUUACAUGAUGCCAAAAUGCAGUAUUAAAGUGUUUACCCACUGCACCCCCCGCCCCCAGCACACCUGCUCUGCACCUCAUGGACUAUAUGCAGUUUGUUUCAGGCUUUCAUGGCUGUAUGCUUUGUUGGCGCACAAAUCCAAAGCUGUAAACGCAUAAAAGUGAGCCUGUUUACACUGGAAAUCCUGAUCCAAAUCAAAGAAUUGUGAUUAGAAUGCCGCAGAGUCUUUUAACAGUCAAAACUGUUACUCUUUUCUGUGAUCUUUCAUUUCUCAUUGAGGCCAAAACGACUGAAUGGUUCUGCUUUAAUAACCACAGUCAGCUCUUACUGAACUAACAAGGAAAAGAAAAGAAAGAUUCAAGACUGUCCUGAAUGACCAAAGAUUCCAAGGAGUGAAUCAAUAACUCCGACACAAUAAGGCUACAGCGUUUUAUCAGCUAGAGGAAUUGUUGCUAUAGAAAGCCCAUGAAAACACGUGGAAGACACGUGAGGCCGCUGGGCCAUCACAACUGGAUGUCAUACAUCAUCUAUCCCACAUCUUUCUCUAUCUUUGUACUGUAAAGAUGACCUGAUCUGAAUGUAAACUACUGUCCUUUAAACAGUGAAGUGUGUCAUCAUUUGUCUAAUAAAAAUUCCGUCAUGCUAAGAGGAACAGAGUGCUCUGGUAUCUUCCUGGAGGUGACAUUAGUGUUUAUGGGUUUCAUAAAUGGACAAACCUUUAGUUGAACUUUCAUUUUUCUGUACUCAGUAGUGAUUUUAAACUCAUGCAUGUCCACCUCUGACCCGUCUUCUCUUUAAAGUUUUUGUUUUGCCAUUUUCUGUCCCUUGGACAGUUUCGACAGCAAAGAGUGAUGGAACAGGUUGGCAGAGAAACAAAGAGUGAAGAGUGACAUGCAACAGAGGUCCCCAGCGGACUCAAACUGGGGACAUUGUGGUUACGUGGUGUGCAUCUUAUAGGCUGCUGCUCCUCCAGGACAUUUCCUCAGAUUGACCUGUCUUCUACAGGUUCAGACAGCUGAUACAUAUCCCCUGGCAGAGGCAGUGAGACUUGAAUCCUGCUGAUAAAAGUGGCACCAUUUUGUAUGUAUUCAAAGUAAUAAAAAGGGAGCAAAGCACACCCUGAAGAAGCAGCUCUGCUGUUCUAUUCUUGGACAGUAGUCACACUUGUUGUUUUCCUACUAAUGUCAAUAUUUCACAUAGAAAGUCUCCCCUUGUACCAGUACUUACCAGUACCAGUGCACAAACACAAUACCUCUGUACUCACUCACUCACUUACUCUGUACUCAGUCUUUCUGCCAAUAAAACACACUGUGUUCAAAUCCCUUCACUGUUUGCAUCUUAUAUCGUGGUAAAAUAUAAGAUAAAAUAAAAUAUAAAAUAUGCAGCUUUUUAUGUGAAUAAAUGCAGAACUAUUAAAAUGAAUACAUUUAUGUCAACCUAUAUGUUCUAAUGUUAUCGUUAGCUUGAAUUGUAUUCUGUAUUCUGGCUACUUCACCCUCAGGCUCAUACUUUCAAAGGUGGAGAUGAGUGACAUGUAUUGGGCAAACUGAUGUGAGAAGAAGGCAGAAUUAACUAUUCAGAUCCUGUCUGAGAGCAAAAACAUGCACAUUAAAGUUGUAUAGAAUAAAGAAAAAUAAAG